UCGCAGUACACUAAAUUACUGCCUAACCUAUUGUAUGUGGCUUCUAUAUUCUUUCUGUUUUUCCUUGGCGGCUAUUAUUUUUAUGUGAAUAUUUUUCAUAAGGAGAUAGUUAUAGCGGCAUUUGGCGAUAAAUUCGAUGAUUACUCGUGGAUUGCUCACUUAUUAGAUGUAUUAUUGCUUCUCAUUCAUUAUUGGCAACUAGGUGUCAUCUCGAAAUGCCGUCGAUAUUACAAGUAUGUACUACUUGAGGAUAAACAUGAGAAAAGCGCCCAUAAGGUGCGAAUAAGUGCAGACGUCAACAACUUUACUUUUAACAAAAUCUGCUACCGCAACAAACACCUUGCUCUAUCUGUGGAUAUUGCAGCUUUGCUGUCAAAAGUGUUGGGUAGAAUGAAAUAUGCCCCAGUUAAACAUAUCCAAAUUUUGCGAGAUUUGGUCUACUAA